ACUCUUUUCUUUUUUGGUGUUGUCCUUCUUUAAACAGUGCAGUCUUGAUUCUUCAAAGAAUUGUUGGAGGCCUGUGAAUUCCUUGAGCUGUCAAUAUUGCCUCACAAUGCCGAUCUUCACAAAGAUCCUUCUAGCCCUUGUUGGCUUCCUGUCAUUAGCCAAGGCUUCCCCAGUCUCUUUGGAUAUGGAGAAACGUGAUGGCUCAUAUCGAUCUGUAGCAUACUAUGUGGACUGGGCUAUCUAUGGUCGAAACUUCCACCCUCAGAACUUGACUUCUAUGCUGCCGUCUCUUACACACAUCCUUUACUCAUUUGCCAAUAUCCACCCUGAUACUGGCGAGGUUUAUCUCUCAGACACAUAUGCAGAUAUUCAGAAGCACUACUCCGCCGACUCAUGGAAUGACAGUGGAAACGAUGUCUAUGGUUGCAUCAAGCAGUUAUACCUCUUGAAGAAGGUAAAUCGAAACCUAAAAGUUUUACUAUCUAUUGGUGGUUGGACAUACUCAGCCAACUUUGUCGGUGCUACUGGUUCAGAGGCAAAUCGUGCCAACUUUGUGAAAUCUGCUGUUGGGUUUGUGCGAGAUCUUGGGCUGGACGGUAUUGAUAUUGAUUGGGAGUAUCCCAACAACAGCGCUGAAGCAGACAAUUUUGUGGCUCUUCUCAAGGAACUUCGUGCUAGCUUGGACAAUUAUGCUGCUGAGAACAGCCCAGGUUAUCAUUAUCUGAUCAGUGCAUCUGUUCCUGCAGGGCCUUCCAACUAUGAGAAGUUACACAUCCGUGAUAUGAACCAGUAUUUGGACAUGUGGAACCUCAUGGCAUACGACUACAGCGGAUCUUGGGAUGAAAUCGCGGGUAUGGACGCCAAUUUGUAUACAUCGUCUGCGUAUCUUAACUCGACCCCAUACAACACGGACCAAGCUAUCAUAUAUUACAUUGGCAAUGGAGCGACUCCAAGCAACAUCAACUUGGGGAUUCCCCUUUAUGGACGAUCAUUCACAAACACAGAUGGACCGGGUAAACCCUUCUCUGGCGUGGGAGAUGGUUCAUGGGAGAAUGGCCUGUGGGACUACAAGGCUCUUCCCCAGGAAGGCGCAAAGUUGUAUCAGGAUGACUCUUCGGUGUCUGCGUGGAGCUAUGACAGCUCGCAGCGGCUGAUGAUUAGUUAUGACACGCCUGACAUUGUCAAGGCCAAGGCAGAUUAUAUCAAGUCCAAGGGCCUCGGUGGGGGGAUGUACUGGGAGAGCAGCGGUGAUAAGACUGGGUCGGAGAGCUUGGUUAACACUCUUGUGAACGCCCUUGGAGGCACUGAUGCAUUGCAGCAUGUCGAUAAUGAGCUCAACUACCCUGCUUCUGUGUAUGAUAACAUGAGGAAUGGGAUGGAUUAGAUGUGGAACACCAAACUUAUCGUUGGGUAUCAUGUCUAAGGUCUCUUCUUUUCUUUCAAUGGUUGCUUACUUGUAUGAUAUUUGCCCAACAAAGGAGAAUAUUCAUUGUCUUGUACAAUUUUUCUGAUUCCCUA